UUUAGUAAAUGUAUUCGAAAGGUGUAUAAAACACUGCUGGCAAUAUAAUAAUAAUAUAAGCAUGAUAUUGUAUUAUAAUGUAAUAUUAUAUUUAGAGUGUGUGAAAGAAAGAGAGAGUUUUGUGGGCUGUUUACAGGGGAUGUUGGUGUCAGAGCCCUGCUCACCAAGAAAAAGCUGCGUCCUUCUUCAUCUGUGUUGUUGUUCCUCGGAGUUUCUGUCCAAGGUGCUGAAAUCUGCUGCUCCAGGGACAGGUCACGUGACUGCGCUUCCUCCCUCUGUGAGUGCAGGAUGCUGCGUGUGUGUGUGUGUGUGUGUGUGUGUAGGCAUUGAAACACCUCAGUCCUCAUCAUGAGCGAUCCAGGCUCAUGAAGAAGGCUUUUCUCUGAAGACGGCGUCGCGGCUUCUGUGUUGUUUCCAGCGUGUGGAAUCUGCGCGGGUGGACGCUAAACUUUUAGGCUUAGCGUACAUCCUCUUCUUCUUUAUGUUCCGUUUGUUCUUCUUUUAUUUUUUUUAUUAUUGCCGCUGCAGACAUUAGUGUGGCAACUGUGGAUGGGCACACAGGAGUGGGCUGCUGCCCACCAAGUCUGACUGUGUUUCGGAGGCACUGAGGAGGAGAACAUGUAAGAAUCCCCGCAGAUCCUCUCGGAUCCUCUUACGGCCAAAAUGCAGAAAGGGAUGAGACUCAAUGAUGGCCAUAUCACCUAUCUGGCUGUUUUGGCGAAGAAGGAUGGCACGAGGCGGGGGUGCCUGAGUAAGAAAAGCUCAGACAACACAAAAUGGCAUUCAAAGUGGUUCGCACUGUUGCAGAAUAUGCUGUUUUAUUUCGAAAACGACUCGAGCUCACGCCCCUCCGGACUGUACCUGUUGGAGGGAUGUGUUUGCGACAGGGCACCGUCACCUAAACCUUCUCUGUCCGCGAAGGAAUGCUUAGAGAAGCAGUAUUACUUCACAGUCACAUUCAAUCAUGACAACCAGAAGGCUUUGGAGCUGCGCACAGAGGACGUCAAGGACUGUGAUGAGUGGGUGGCUGCUAUCACACAGGCCAGUUACAGGAACCUGGCUACAGAGCAUGAGACCCUCAUGCAGAAGUAUCUCCAUCUACUCCAAAUAGUGGAGACAGAGAAAACAGUUGCCAAGCAACUUCGACAACAGAUAGAAGACGGGGAAAUCGAAAUAGAGCGGCUAAAAUCAGAGAUCGCUGGACUUCUAAAGGAUAAUGAGAAGAUUCAGUCAAAUCCAGAGGUACCUCCCAGCGAGGAUGACACUGAGAUAAAGAAGAUCAAAAAGGUCCAGAGUUUCCUGCGAGGUUGGAUUUGCCGUAGGAAGUGGAAGACCAUCAUCCAGGACUACAUCCGGUCACCCCAUGCUGAGAGCAUGAGGAAGAGGAACCAGGUGGUGUUUAGCAUGCUGGAAGCCGAGGCUGAGUACGUCCAGCAACUCCACAUUCUGGUCAACAACUUCCUGAGGCCGCUCCGCAUGGCCGCCAGCUCCAAGAAACCGCCCAUUACUCAUGAUGAUGUCAGCAGCAUCUUUCUGAACAGUGAGACCAUCAUGUUCCUCCAUCAGAUCUUCUAUCAGGGCCUGAAGGCGCGGAUAGCCAGCUGGCCCACACUUGUGCUGGCUGAUCUGUUUGACAUAUUGCUGCCCAUGCUGAACAUUUACCAGGAGUUUGUGAGGAACCACCAGUACAGUCUGCAGAUCCUGGCCCACUGCAAACAGAACAGGGACUUCGACAAGCUGCUCAAGCAGUACGAGGCCAAGCCCGACUGUGAGGAGAGGACGCUGGAGACCUUCCUCACUUACCCCAUGUUCCAGAUCCCUCGUUACAUUCUGACGUUGCACGAGUUGCUGGCUCACACCCCCCACGAGCAUGUGGAAAGAAACAGUUUGGAUUACGCCAAGUCAAAACUGGAAGAACUUUCCAGAAUUAUGCACGAUGAGGUGAGUGAGACGGAGAACAUCAGAAAGAACCUCGCCAUAGAGCGGAUGAUAGUGGAGGGCUGUGAAGUGCUGCUGGACACCAGUCAAACCUUUGUGAGGCAAGGUUCUCUGAUCCAGGUGCCCAUGAGCGAGAAAGGGAAGAUCACAAGAGGUCGACUGGGCUCUCUGUCUCUGAAGAAAGAAGGAGAGAGACAGUGUUUCCUCUUCUCCAAACAUCUCAUCAUCUGUACACGCAGCUCCGGGGGAAAACUUCACAUCACAAAGAAUGGAGUGGUGUCUCUCAUAGACUGCACACUGAUGGAGGAGCCAGAGGGGACAGAUGAUGAGUCCAAAGGGGAGCGCAGCGGCCAGGACAUCGAGCACCUGGACUUUAAAGUGAUGGUGGAGCCCAAAGAUGUCCAGCCCUUCACCGUCAUCCUGGUGGCUUCAUCCAGACAGGAGAAGUCAGCAUGGACAAGCGACAUCAGCCAGUGUAUCGACAACAUCCGCUGCAACGGACUGAUGAUGAAUGCCUUCGAGGAGAACAGUAAAGUCACUGUGCCGCAGAUGAUUAAGUCGGACACCAGCUUGUACUGUGAUGAUGUCGACAUUCGCUUCAGCAAGAUGAUGAACUCCUGCAAGGUGUUGCAGAUUCGCUACGCCAGCGUGGAGCGUCUGCUGGAGAGGCUGACCGACCUGCGCUUCCUCUCAAUUGACUUCCUGAACACUUUCCUCCACUCCUAUCGGGUCUUUACCAGCGCUGACGUUGUCCUGGACAAGCUCAUCACCAUCUACAAGAAGCCCAUCAGUGCCAUCCCUGCACGUUCUUUGGAGCUGUUCUUUGCCAGCAGCCAGAACAACAAACUUCUCUACGGCGAACCACCCACGUCGCCGCGUGCCAGCCGCAAGUUUUCCUCCCCUCCUCCUCUGUCCAUCACCAAGACAUCCUCGCCCAACCGCAGACGCAAGCUUUCGCUCAACAUCCCUAUCAUCACAGGGGGCAAAGCCCUCGACCUGGCUGCACUCAGCUGCUCUCCCAAUGGCUAUGCAAGCAUGCACUCCACCAUGUCACCCUUCAGUAAGACCACCCUUGACAUUAACAAACUCUACGUGUCGAGCACCAUGGCCAGCAAGAUCCCCGAUGAGGGAGAGUCCAAAGCCGAGGGCAAGGCUGAGGAAUCUGUCUUCAACAAGCAAGAUCUGUCUGUGAGAGAGGAAUGUGAUGAGGACCCGAGUCCGAGUGAUGAAGCUGAAGCAGAAAUGUCUCCUCCAAAGUCCCCAUCAACACCCAAGAAUGUCAAGUCAAAAAACUCUGAGUUUUCCCUGUUUUCCUUUAACAAUGGCAUGGUAGUGUCAUCCUGCCGGGAGCUUGACAAUAACCGCAGUGCCCUUUCUGCCGCAUCAGCCUUCGCAAUUGCAACUGCUGGUGCCAAUGAAGGCACGCCAACCAAGGAAAAGUACCGCCGUAUGUCACUGGCCAGCACAGGUUUUCCGACAGACCAGAGGAAUGGGGACAAAGAGUUUGUAAUCAGAAGAGCUGCUACAAACAGAGUCCUGAAUGUUUUGCGCCACUGGGUCUCCAAACACUCACAGGACUUUGAGCUGAACACAGAGCUGAAGAUGAGGGUCAUUAGCUUCUUGGAGGAGGUGAUGCAUGACCCAGAGCUCCUGACACAGGAGAGAAAGGCAGCUGCCAACAUUAUCAGGACUCUCACUCAGGAGGACCCCGGAGACAACCAGGUCACUCUGGAAGAGAUCAUACAGACGGCCAUGGAGGACUGUAAGACUGAGCCUUUUGAAAGCCACUCUGCCCUGGAGAUAGCUGAGCAACUCACACUGCUGGACCACCUGGUCUUCAAGGCUAUCCCAUAUGAGGAGUUCUUUGGUCAAGGCUGGAUGAAGAACGACAAAAACGAGAGAACUCCGUACAUUAUGAAAACAACAAAGCAUUUCAAUGACAUCAGCAACAGGAUCGCCACAGAGAUCCUGCACUGUGACGAUGUCAACAUGCGAGUGGCGGUGAUAGAGAAAUGGGUGGCGGUGGCUGAUAUCUGCAGAUGUCUCCACAACUACAACGCCAUGUUGGAGAUUACGUCCUCUCUCAACCGCAGCUCAGUCUUCCGCCUCAAGAAGACCUGGCUCAAAGUCUCCAAGCAGACAAAGACUGUGAUCGAUAAGUUACAGAAGCUGGUGUCAUCAGAGGGACGAUUCAAAAACCUGAGAGAGGCUCUAAAGAACUGUGACCCUCCCUGUGUUCCUUACCUGGGAAUGUACCUGACGGACCUGGCCUUCAUUGAGGAGGGAACACCCAACUACACAGAGGACAGCCUGGUCAACUUCUCCAAGAUGAGAAUGAUAUCUCACAUUAUCCGAGAGAUAAGGCAGUUUCAACAAACAGCUUACAAGAUUGAUCAUCAACCAAAGGUGGCAAAGUACCUUUUGGACAGCAGUACAGUGUUGGAUGAGGAGAGCCUUUAUGAAGCGUCUUUAAGAAUUGAGCCGAAAAUUUCAUCAUGAAGAGGAUUUCUGUCUCUCAACCUUCAUACUGAGUGUACAGGAAUAAUAUAUCACAAUGUACAUACACUAUUAUUUGUAUUAGACACAGUAGGCUGUGCCCCUCUAGUAUGUGAUUCCCAAUGGACUUGUUGUGUAUACUCGUUAUUAGAGGCUGAGUAGAAGCCAAGAGCGGUUUUAUUUAUAUAGUUAGAGUAUUUAUAUGCCAUUCAUUAUCUAAAUACCAUUUCAUGAUGUUUUUUUUAACCACAGAAAUGACAUUUUAAACAGAACAUGCUAUUUAUUAAUAUCCUCAUGGGAAUGUGCAGUAUAAAAAGGCUUUCAUUGAUGAGAGCUGUUCAUUAUUAUAACAUGAAAAUCAAUUCCAACUUCUCUGCUCAGAUGUUAAAGAGACAGAAGUGCACAUAACUGCUCAGCAUGUUCAUAUAGUUCCCAUACAAACGUUAAGCCUUAUCAAAGUAGCAGCCAUUACUGCAACAUAUUUGUUACCAAAUAGAUCCUCAAAAUUUAAAGUAAUAAAGGUAUUUGCCAAUCCUCUCAUUUAAUAAGUCAUUUAAAAUAAAACUUAAAGAUUAUAGUUCUGCCCUGAUUCUAAUCAAGAGCAGUAAUGGCGGACACCACCAGUAAAGCAUUUCUAUCUAAAGUUAAUUAUAGAUUGUCGAUCAAUGGAAUAGCUAUUGCAGAAAAGGCAGACCAUUCAUACAGUAGCUUCAAAAAAAGGAGAUGGUGAAGUAUUGAAUUUUUGACACUUUUUCAAAUUUUCACCUCAGAGAAAUGCUGAGGUAGAAGUGGGAGAGCUCUUUUGUCUACGGUUGAAUCAUGUGUUUGGAUGUUUCAUGUAGCCACUGAAUUACAAGGAUUAGAGAUUUGGAAGAGUUGGACUCACACUGGUAAAAGAUUUCUGAUAGAUUGGGACUGUUUUAUUUUCUGUUUGGAGAGAUGGAUUAUUUUUAUGCUGUGCUUAUCAUCACCUUACUCCCCUGGUGGGCAACAUGAUGUGUAUAUAUAGCAUAAGCAUUGGCAGUGUAUGUAGCAGAUGUAAUCAAUAUUGAGCCACUUCAGGAAGUUGAAUUCCCAGCUUUUACACUCAGAUAGUGACAGAGAUUUUAUGGUAAUCCUCUUCGGCCAGUGCAUUAUGGCUUUGCCUUAAUCUUGAAAUGGAUUAUAUACCACAAAAGUAUGUAAACUAUUUUGUUCUACAAUUUGCCAAUGACGCAGACGUAUUUGCUGUGUACAAUAUCCUGUACAGGCAGUCUGAUGCAUUUCCUAAUGUGUUCAAUGCAUAUCCCUUGAAAUGUGUUAUCCUUAUGAUCGUUCAACUCUGUAAUAACUUUUCUGUGUAUGAUACUUUAAAAACGAAUGUUGAAAGCAACUUAUAAGUGUAACACAUUCUGUAUCCUGUCUAUUCCAAUGUGUUGGCGGGAACUAUACAGUAGUUAUAUUGUGCUUAUUCUUGGAAUAUUUAUAGGUAUUUUUUACAGGCUUUGUAAAGAAAAACACAUAAAGCUUAAGUGGCAGGCAUGAACCACUUUCACGUGUUCAAAUCAAAUCUAUAUCUAGAACAGUAUGUGUACUGUAUUUUAACCCCACCCUUGCACAUGAAUCUUUACCCUCUUAACAGGCACAUCAAAUGUUUGCAGUGAGCAAUACCCAGUGGUAUGAGAAUUAUCUUUCAGUCUAUUUCAACAGCUUGAGUAGUUAUUUCCAGUUUUGUAUAAAAGUGUAUUCUUUCCUGAUUACCUCUUGUUAAUAAAUCUAUUCUUUCUCAGGGGG